CACCUGGUCGCCGCGAGCGGCGAUUGGCUGCGCGCUUUUUAAAGGGGCAGGCAGGGCGCGCUUUUUUCCUCCCCUGCGACCUUUCGCUUCUCCCAUCCCCCGACGCGCUUUCCUCCUCACUGACCAGCCGCCCUUGUGUGUGUUUCUCUCUUUUUCUCUCCCUUUCUCUCCCCCCCACCUUCGCCUCACACCCAACGCCACCCCCCCCUCCUCUCCCUUCCGCAGUUCCUUCGGCGGCCCGGAGGAAGCGCGUCCGAGGCGGCGGCGAGCCCGAGGACCGGCCGAGCCCCGUCCCGGAGCAGCCGGGCGGGCGGGAUGAAGAGGGGGCUUCCCCGGCCGCGGCCACGACGACGGCGGCGGCCCCACCAGCUAGGCCCCGCCGCGGCGCUGCCAUGGAAACGGGCGGCGACGGCGGCCGCCGAGGGACACAAAGGGUGCCGGAGCGGCGCUUGAGGCGCGAGCGGGCCGCGCCGCUGCUGAAGGAGGGAGCCGCCGCCGCUGCCGCCGCCGCCGCCGCCAUGGAGAUAGGAGGCGGCCCGAGCCAGGCGGCGGCUUCCCCGCCGCGCUACCGCCUGGUGGCCGAGAUCGGGCGCGGCGCCUACGGCGUGGUGUACGAGGCCGUGUCGGGCCGCACCGGAGCCCGCCUGGCCGUCAAGCGCAUCCGCUGCGACGCGCCCGAGAACGUGGAGCUGGCGCUGGCCGAGUUCUGGGCCCUGACCAGCCUCCGCCGCCGCCACCCCAACGUGGUGCGCUUCGAGGAGUGCGUCCUGCAGAGAGACGGCCUCGGGCAGCGCAUGAGCCACGGCAACAAGCAGAGCGCCCUCUACCUCCGCCUCGUCGAGACCUCCCUCAAAGGUGAGAGGAUCCUGGGCUAUGCUGAAGAACCUUGUUAUCUCUGGUUCGUCAUGGAGUACUGCGAAGGGGGAGACCUGAACCAGUACAUCCUUUCCCGCAGGCCGGACCCGGCCACCAACAAGAGUUUCAUGUUGCAGCUGACGAGCGCCAUUGCCUUCCUUCACAAGAACCACAUUGUGCACAGAGACCUGAAGCCGGACAACAUCCUCAUCACGGAGCAGUCGGGCGCUCCUGUCCUCAAGGUGGCAGACUUUGGGCUCAGCAAGGUGUGCGCCGGCUUGACUGCUCCAGGCAAGGACGGGGGGAACGAUAACAAAAAUGUGAAUGUGAACAAAUACUGGCUGUCUUCGGCUUGCGGCUCAGACUUCUACAUGGCUCCUGAGGUCUGGGAGGGGCACUACACUGCCAAGGCAGACAUCUUUGCCCUGGGCAUCAUCAUCUGGGCAAUGAUCGAGAGGAUAACGUUCAUCGAUGCCGAGACCAAGAAGGAGCUGCUGGGGACCUACAUCAAGCAGGGGUCUGAGAUUGUGCCCGUCGGGGAGGCGCUGCUAGAAAACCCAAAGAUGGAGUUGCACAUCCCCCAGAAACGCAGGACUUCCAUGUCCGAGGGGAUCAAGCAGCUCUUGAAAGACAUGUUGGCUGCUAACCCGCAGGACCGACCCGAUGCCUUUGAGCUUGAAUCCAGGAUGGACCAGGUUACUUGUGCUGCUUAAACUCAGGUCAAAGUGUUGGUGUGCUUUGAAAACUGGGGGACCUACAAUCUCCACGACUUACAUGCCUAGAGGAAAGCUGAGGAGGAUCCAGGCCAAUCACAAGGAUCUCUGGAGACGUUAAGCUUCGAGAUUCUUCUUAAAAGUCACAUGAGACACCUAUGGGGAGCAGGAGCUGUUGUAACCCAUUUCAUUAUUGAGACUCCUAAAAGUUUAUCAAAUUUAUGUUUCCCCCUUCCUUUCCCCUUGUUCCCUUUCCCCUCCUUUCUGCUCACUCAGCUUUGCUGACCAACUAAAUCUGUGCACAUACUUCUGGAGGAUUCCUUUUUUACCUAAACAAAAUACGGGGUUGGGAUAUGCAAAGCAAUUUUUUUCUCUACUGCUGCUAAACACCAGAACUCUGGGUCCAAGAUCUGUUUUUCUUAGUGUUUGUUUUUAGCUGGAAGAGAUUCAGAAAGGAUGUUGGGAGACCUAGAGCUGAACACAAAUUGUCAGCUCUAGAGGUUGCUGCUUAUUUGGGGAACAGAAAACAAGGUGGGAUAAACCUUUCUCCCUCUCCCUUUCCUAAAAGUGUUCUUCACCAGUGGAACCUGGCAAUAAGAAGUCAUGAUUACAAGAAUAAACGCUCUCCUUUUUUUUUUACGUGGCCACGGGACUACAUACAAGCUGUGUGGUGCCUGAGAAACACCUGCAGUUUUGCAUGCCAAAUUUCACAGGUCAAGAACAUGGUAGUAUUUGGAGGCGAUGAAGAGAGCCCACACGUGGGCAGGUGUUUUUUCUGCCCUUGGAAAGUCCACCAAUGGGUUUGGUGGUUUGCUUGGCUGCUUAAAUGACCGUAGAGCCUGGACACAUCAAACUGAUCCCUUAAUUUUGGGCUUGGUAGAUCUGCCUUGCUGUAAAGAGAGUGCGUAUUAAGCCUAGCCCAGCUUGCCCUUGGGGCGUGCUUGUACUAGCAAAUACCUAUACAUAAACCCACUCAAACUCACACUGAAUACCCUCCCUCCUCUCCUGCAGUCCUCUGGUUUGAAACACCCUUAACUCUUCCAAAUAUCCCAUUUCCUAGCUGGCCUUCCAGCAAUUGUUCUUUAGCUGAUCUCUUCCAGCGAUGAGCGGGUCUUUACACUAAACUUACCAGCUGCCGCAGAGGGAGCUUCUGAUCCUGUCCAUCUCUUCUUCCGUCAGUCUUGAUUGGCGAUGGUACUACUACUAUGGGGAUGAGGCUGUUUGUUCCAGGCACUGUCCAGACCCAUGGAAGUGAAGGGAGCGGCUUGGCCAAGGCAGUGCAAUUCAGUCAACACUUGUUGGCGGUCCACUUGCUGGGUUGCCCGCAUACCUCCACACUACUACUGAGGCUGAUGGCUGUGGCCGUGGCCAGGAUUUGUGAGACUCUGGAGGAGAUGCUGUGUUGUUUAUUCUGCAGCUCUUGGAAGGCCACAAAAGAAGUCUCUGCUUUGCCACUGCUAUCUUGCUCUUUGCACACACACCCUCUUUCUGGGUUGUGGGCAGCCACAACCAGGGCACGAAUCAACCAGAUUCUUCCCUGGAUGGUUAUUUGUGGCUGAGAAGGCAUGCCUGCUUAUUUCAAGGCCUACCAUUUGCAAGUCCUGGUCUCAACUGGAUUUCCCAACACUGGGGAUAAAUUUGUGUUGAACCUCCUUUGCACACUACCCAGAAAAACCCUCAUUUAAUUAACUUUUUUUUUUUUUUAGAAAAGAAGGGGGAGCUUUGUUGCAAACUCAGAAGGCCCAGACAAAAGGAGUGAAUAGUCUUUGCUACUUGGUAGGUAGGAGAACCAGAGCUGCAAGAAAUCUCGGUAUAGAGUAUAGACUUUUUGCUCUUGAUCUACCCUUCAAUAAUUCCCUUAAAGUGAAGGGAAUGGCUGGCCUAGAACAGGGCUGAGGAACCUUUGGCCCACCAGAGGUUGUUGCAGUUCCUAUCAUCCCUGACCACUUGCCGUGCCACUUGGGGCUAUUCUAGCCCAACAAUACCUGGAAGCCACCGGUUUCCUUGCUGCUGAACUAGAAGGCUCCAGGUGAUGCACAGGUCUUGCUCCUCCUAACCAGGAAUACAUUUCAACCGGUUAGAACAAAGCAGCUUGAAGUAGGCGAGUCAACCAUAAAACAGCCGGAGUCUCAUAGCUGCGUUUCUCUUGCUCAGCAAUUUGGCCGCUGUUGCUGUUCCACACAACUGUGCUCAUGGCCAGAACAGCAAAAUGUGUUGAUGAGGAGAAACAGUCUGUCAAAAGUUUCAUCAAGGGUUGCCUUGAGUUUGCAACUCGGCUAGCUGGCAAGUUUUGAAACCAAGAGAUCAGUGAGCUCCUUAGGCUUCCUGCGCCAUCGGCUGCUGCGGUGCAUUAGUAGGGUGAGGAAGAUGGCGUUCCGAUUUGGCUUCCCUCAAAUCAGAGAGGUUGAGGCACUGGUCAGCCUAGCGUUGACACUACUCCAUCAGGCUUCCUCUGACAUAGCCUGUGUUAACCCUUUCAUAUUUCUGAAUGCUAGCAGAUAGGCGGUUUCCCUUCCCCUUCGCCAGAGCAUCUGUGCGUAUCGGUCUUUGUCAGAGUAGAUUAGUCCUUGCUUCUCACGCCUGCGCCUUUGAGGUGGGGGCAGGGAGGAACCCACAGGAGCGGGUGCUUGACGCAGUCGCUGGGAAAAUCUCUGCAGGCAAAUGCCAACCCGUAGCCCAGUUCAUCCUCGCUGCGUCUGGGACUUCAGGCAUACAUGCCCCUCUCGUGCUCACGCUGCGGUGAAUGCUUGUGGUUUAGUGGUAUUGGCUUGACCAUAGUGCCUUUAUUUGGAGGGGGUGGGGCUUGAAGGAGUCUUGCAGGGGCAGCAUUAGGCCAAGGAAGGAGUUUCCCCCUCUCACUUGUAUUCCAUUGUUGCCCCCCAAAUGUCAUCUCUUCCCUCUUAUUCUCUGGGGCAGCUUUGUUCGGUUGCCCACGAAAUACAGCUAAAUCUCUUCGGAAAGACCUUAAAUGUUUUUGCGUUGUCCUUGUGAAUCUUCAGCACACUUCUAGAGGCAGGGCGGGAGAUUUGCAAGGUGGCGUCUGAAUGGGAGCAGCGUUCCUUCUUCUUUUUUUGAGGAGAACUUCUGCCCGAUGAGCUGCCCCCAUUUCUGGAUGCUGUCCCGUUUACGGUUGUUUGAGUGGAGUCCCAUACUGUAGCCUGGUGUUCCACACAGGUGUGUCUCCCAACUUCACUCCUAUAGGGAUGGGUGGCAAGAAUCCUUCAGCUUGGAUGAAUGUGGCAUGGGGAUUGCUAGCUUAUUCCUGAGAAAUGUGAAAUAUAACUGAAGAUCCACAUCACAGUUGUUUUGGAGGGGUUGACUGACAUCACUUUCAUGCGUCGUGUGUAUGACUCUACAUUAAAACUGUUUACAUCCAUGUCAUUCUAAGCUGGCAGUGUGGGCUCAGACCUGCCACAGACAUUGUCUCGUAUGGGUGCGGCAAGCAGCAGCAGAAGGGGUGAAUUUCACAACUGGCUUCAGCCCAUUCCAAAGUCCCCGACCACGACCACCACCUCCCCUUCCUUGACUCCUUCCUGUGUGUUGCAGGCAUAGCAGACCCAGCCACAAAACUAGCAGCAUUGCUGGUUUCAGCCAUCUCUUUUGCAAGCGCGCAGUGGGUGCCGUCACCUUCUGCCGUCACCUUGGGAGGGAGGAUGAGGACAGGGUGACGCCUAACCUCACCACAGGGUACAACUGUCCCAGGGGCUAUUGCUGAGCAGUUUGUUGUAGCAUUCCUGAGACUUAGGACUGCCGCCACCUUGCAGGCUAUUUUGGACGUCCUUUUGGGUGACAGCACCAUUGGUAGAAACAGGGCCCCCUCUUGCCCUCUUUUUUCCUCCUCCUCCUCCUGCUGCUGCUGCUGCUGUUUUCAGGACUGAGGUGCUAAUAAUGGGUGGAAAUUGUCUUCCUUUUCCCCUGACGCUUUGGUUCCCUCAGGAUCCCACUCAGACAUCUCCAAACACUGUCAGAGUAGAGCAAUAAACAUCCCCCCCACUCCUGGUGGGAGAGAGAACACAGUCUCUGUGAAUUCCUUGUCUUUCUCCUCCUCUCUCCGUAUAUGCAUUUGUCUAGUCUGAAAUUAACCUUGCUGGGUUUCACUCUAGCAUAGCUUACAGUUUAAGCCAAGGAGUACUUUUCGCCCGGGCUGCUUUUGGCUGCUGCGCCUGGCUUCUCCUUUCAACAAAAACACAUCUCUGAAGCAAACGCGUCUAAGGGACAGGAUUGCUCUUACAUUUAAACAGACUUGCACCCCUUCUAUCAGAGGUUGUAUUUGGAAGGGCAGAGGCACAAUGAGGGACUUAAAUCCCCUCUCUCAGAAAUAGACCUCUACCAUCCACCAUUGGCUUGGGGCAGAGGCUGUUGGACCUCCCUCUUGUGACAUAUGUCACCGUCUGUUUUCCCCCAAUCUCAGUGUUUCUCAAACUUUGGGUCUCCGGCUGUUGUUGGACUACAAAUCCCAUCAUCCCUGACCACUGGUCCUGCUAGCUAGGGGUGAUGAGAGUUGUAGUCCCAGCAAGAGCCGGAAACCAAAGUUUGAGAAAUGCUUUCCUAUUUACUUGAGUCCAAGGUACCUAACUGAGUGUGGGUGACCAGAUACCUUGAAAGCUGUUUUUUGGGUGCCCAAUGCCAUGUGUCCACUCAGCUUGGACCGCUUCCUCGGGAUGAGACUUUACCCGGACGACCCAACGCAAGCAGCAGCUUUCUGCUGACUGGAAUGAAGGGUCUGUUGCGGAAAGCUGCCCAGAGCUGCCAUCUAUCUGGGUUGCUUUUCUGCCAGGCGUUUUUAAGUCAUGGGACGCCAGUGCUUGAUCAGCAAGACGGAAACGCCACCUCACCCCUCCUUGCAGACGGGUGCCCCUUGCUUGGUUGUGUUUCUCUGCUGUAGAGCUUUCCUAGUUGCAAGGAAGCCAAGCAGAAGGAGAAUGGGGGACGUAUGUAUCAGAGGCACAGCUUCUCGCUCAGGUAGCCAUUCUGCAUUUAGCUGUACCGUUUAAGAGUGUAGGUGAGGUCUCAUUUAGGGAAGUCACUUGUUUUCUUUUUUAAAAAAGAACCACCACCACCACCACCUAGGAAACUGGCAUGUCGUGGACAAGAAGAUCUAGCCGCCUCUGCCCUGGACCAAGUUUUCUGAGCAGAGGGCUUGAGGAGCACUCCAUUAUGCACCCCCCCCCCAAAAAAAAACCCAUCCACACACACUUGCAGUCUGAAAUGACGCAGCAAAGGUAGCCCACCUUGGUCUGAACUUGCCAUAGUCCAGCCUUCCCUUCCCCCUGCCACCAACCUCAUCCCUUUCCUCCCUUUUUUCCGUUUGGUCCAGUUGCGAAUGUGGCCCACCUUAAGCUUGACUGGACAUGGGUCUUCUUAAACCUGGAAAACCUGCACACACACAAGGGAAAGGGGCGUAAACCCAGACUCCAAAACAGAGUUUCCAAUUUUGCAAUUUCUCAUUUUCCUUUGCACAGAAGCUGGUAACCUAGGACCUGUGUGUGUGCGCGUGUGUGUGAACAACUUUAUAUGUUGUUGGUUGUUGUUGUUUUUUUAAAGCUAUUUGGUUUACUUGGGUUGGUGUGCGACCUUGUAUUUAAGUUUCUUGAACACUGUGGAAACCCUGAUUGUGUAUGAAUGGCAGCAGUUUUGUAAAUUAAAGAAACGUUUGUGUGAAUAAACGUAGAGGAUGGGGUUGAAAAGCCAUACCCAGUUUUGAGAUGAA